AUGGCCCGCGCUGGGCGUCUGCUGCUGCUCUGGUUGCUGCCCGCGACCCUGGUGACGACGCCGGGGAAGCACCCGCCAGAGUCCCACAAGGCCCGCCCAUCGCCAAGUCCCAAGUCCAGGGGCCCCUGCUACCUGGGCCAGAAGCUGCUCCAGGGACCCGGCGCACACGGGGUGGAAUGGCAGGGGGCGGGCCCGGGAGCGCGGGGAGGGGCCUGGAAGCUUCAUUCGUGGCACCCCUCCCUGCCUGCCGCUCGGCUGCACAGCCACCUCUUCCGUCCUUGUGCCCCAGUUUACCCUCUGCCUCCCUCCCCUGGCUCUCCGUCUUCUGGACCCCUGCGGUCUGUGGAUGUUCCAGAACAGUGUGAGGCGGGCGAGCUAAGUUGGCAGGGUGUGGGGGGACACGGAGCUGUGGCGGGCACAGGCAGGCGGCCCUUGACUCGGCAGGAGCACUCAGAGUGCCAGAGCGGCUGCUGCAUCACCAACAGCCUGAGUCCCCAGAAGUUCUGCAGCCCCCAGGCCGUCUUCCAGCAGUGCCUGUCCUGGCAGAAGGUGUGCCCUGCCCGGGCUGGCGAGGGGCAAGGGGCCGGGGAGGGCGGACCCUGGGAAGGAGGGCCGGGGGCCUGGCAGAAGGGACCGGGUCUCCUUCUCCCGCAGCCGAACGGGCGCACCUGCCUGGACCACACGGAGUGCCGGAGCGGCUGCUGUGUCACCAGCGGCUACGGGCUGCAGACGUUCUGCACGGCCAAGACCAUCUUCCUGCAGUGCGUGCCGUGGCGCAAGCCCAACGGGAACUACUGCACGGACCACAGCGAGUGCCGCAGUAAGUGCUGCAUCCAGCUGCACGCGCUCGGCCCCCACCGCUGCGUCCCCCGGAGCGGCGUCCUGGCCCAGUGCCUGCCCUGGGUGAGUCCUGGAACCGGGUCCAGUCUGCCUGUGGGGCUAACUCCAGCGACUGGCCUGAGGGCGGGCGGGCAGUGACCUGGAAGUGGUGUGUCCCCUCCCAGCAGAGGCUGCCAACUGCCUCUGCAGAUCGGCCUCCGUUCCCGUUUCCCGAGGCACAGCCCGGAUGAGGCGUCAGAAAA